AUGGGUCCCAAGGAUUUUAAAAAGCGCAAAAUUGUUGCCGGGCCUAAAGUUGAAGAGGUCAAUUUCGACAGCGAGUCUCGCCAGGAAUGGCUGACUGGGUUUCACAAACGCAAGGUGCAACGCGCUAAGCAUGCGCAAGAGAAUGCCGUCAAGAGAUACAAAGAGGAGAAGAGAGACGCAAGGAAAAAGGUUCGGCAGGCUUCAAUUUGCGCGCAAAGACAUCCACUAACUUUACUAGAUUCGAGAGGAGCGCAAAAAGACUUCGAACAGGCAAUGGCGGAGCACAAAGCGGUACUCAAGCGCAUGAAGGAGGAUGCUGGAGAUCUCAGCGAAAUGGAAGACGAGAAAGAGGAGGAAGAUUGGGAGGGAAUCGAGGAGCCUCCAGCAGUGGACUACGAAGCUGAAUAUGUCGACGAGGACAAAUACACAACAGUCACGGUUGAAGAAAUGGAUGCAUCCCGUGAGGGUCUGCUCAAGGCUGCCAAGGGAGAGGAAUCAGAGAAUGAAGAAGAGAAAAAAUAUCCGACCGAGUCAACGGAGGCUGAUACAAAAACCAAGAAGAGAAAGCCUCGGAGUGCAGCCUCAGAAGCAGCCAGGAAAAAGAAGAGGAACUUCCGCUACGAGACCAAGGUUGAGCGCAGACAAACGAUGUUAAAGCAACGGUCGGCGAAAGCGAAGAGGGCAAAGGCACGGAAAGGUGCAGAGGAAUGA